AUGAAUCUUUCUUUCACUCCAGCUCAUCAGAGCCAACUCAGCGAGAUCUCAUCGGGCUCGUCUAGGACUCCAGCGUCGUGGCUUUCGCUAUCACGUCGCCGCAAAGGCUCACCAGUUACACCAGCCACGCAGUACUCCUCCCGAAGCUGGGGCACCUCUGGCCACGGGAAACGGUCGCGGACGUCGACGAUCGAGCUCGGUCGUCACCCUCCACAGAACUUGCAGCGGAAGGAUUCACUCUUGUCGUGGUCCUUCUUCCGGUCUAAGAGACAGCAGGCUGAAUAUCCUACGCCAACAAAUGAAACCCGCAGAGAGGCUGGCCCCCGUUGGUGGCCAUCAACUUCAAGUGCAGUUAGGGAGAACAAGUUGAGAAUCAGUCCACCUGUUCCUCCUCGACCCGAGUCGUGGCACCGUCAUCAAAGAUUGUCUCAUUCUCCAUCCCAACCAUUACAUCACGAGCUGGGAGGUGUCUCGGAGGACAAACGGCCAUCGGACGUCUGGCCACGUCCGGCUCCGAAACCGCACGACGAGACUCAAACAACGCUGCAACUCGACCCGGACAAGAGAGGUCCAGCAUUUGCGCGCAUCCACCCCGACGGCUGGAGCAAAGUCAUCCCCAAGAAAUGGAUGGAGGAUCAGUUCAGCGACAGCUCGUCAGACGCGGGCUCAGACGGUGGCAGGAGCGUGUACAGUCAGAAUCCCAGCGAGGAAAUCAUCAAAUGCAGAUCGGUGGGUAAUCAAGUAGCAUUCGAGAAUGGAGGAGACCAACGACAACAGUCAGUAGCUUCUUUGCCGCUUACGACUGAGGCUGUCGACCGGCCCGCCGUGGCUGCCUUCUGCGAUGGGAGCAUGGACGGCUCACAAGAGCCAGAAGACUUGGGUACCCGCUGCUGGGACGGAGGCUGGAGAGCCGGUUCAGCUUCUUCAGACCCUGUUCGAUAUUGGAUGUCAUCGCUUCGCAGCCUACCCGAAUCGACUCACCUUCCUUCUCAGACUCCGUACGGUGACGACUACCAAGCCGACAAAGGCGGUUCCAGUCCAUGGGAGUCGAGAUGUGGGAAUAAACGACCGCCUCAAGCCCACCCUGAUCUGUCACCAUCAGGCCAAGAAUCCCUGGCUGGUCUCGAGACUUCAAGAGCCGUCGACAAACGGCGUUGCUGUGAUGCGGAUCUCCUGGUGCCGCGACCCCUGACGCUAUCCCAGCGACGGAGAGGUGCCUCGCCUACCAUCGCCACCUCAAACAGUGAGAAUGAAACUCCGUGUCGUAGCGUCAACCGUGGCCAUCUAUGUGUCUUGAACGACCAACAAGGGGAAGCGAAAUCACUCCAGUCCUCCUGGUCUACCAUCUACUGCGCUGGCGGGGCGGGGAGUGAUCAUGUACCCCCUGUAUCUACCACAGGGGAGACACAAGUCGCAUACAGCCCGGUCACCGAGUCCGUGACAACGAAUUUCAAAGACAAAGCUUUGCCGCCCUUGCCGUCUAGUAGCGGUAGUAGCGAGACUGCCCGCUCGAACAGACACGCUGAUCGCCCCGAGAUAAUAGUCUCUCCAGAAGAGGCCCCGAGCGGGAAGGAAGACCCGGACCGAGUAAUAGACCAGGACGGACUCACUGCGGACAUCGAUGAGAUCCUCGACAUGUACCUGCGCGGCAAUCCAGCCUCGGAACUCCUGAUCGGUUCACCAACAACACCGGCGCCAGCACCUCAGCGCUCAUAUGCCGCCGUCGUUGGGUCGACCGUCCGCGGCGGGGAGCAGAAAAACAAAAGCAGGGCCAAAGCGAAAGCUGAGCAAGACACAUAUUCGCGGCCCACACGGCCUGCACGAUCCUCCACCACGGAUCCAGACCUGAGAGUGCACAGUAAUCGAGCGAAAUCCGCCAAGGGAGGCGGGCUUCUGCAGUCCACGCCCACAACGACGCCGACGACGACGACGAGCAGCCCUAGCACGCCUUUCGGAACGGUGCGUCGUCGCCCUUGCGCCUACGAUCCAGAGAGAUACCCGGAGCUCCGAUGCGGGCGGGAAGAGAGGCUCGCGCCGCGCUCGAGACCGCCUGAAGCAUCACUAACGGCACCACCUUCUGCACCACGAGCAGCAGGGACAACGACAGCGUCAGUGUCGGAACGACCGAUCGCCAGUGUCAAGGUCAAGGCCAAGGCCAAGGCGGUGACGAUGACGGCCUCUGUCGACGAGGACGGCCAGAUCUGGAUAUAA